AUGAACGAAGAAUCAGUUGCAAUGUAAAUAAAAAAAUAUUUGAUUCGUAUCUCGAAUUCGAAAAUAAUAAUGUAAAAUAUCUAAAUUUAAAAUAUUAUAUCAAAAAAAUAUUUUAUUACACGAUGUUAUCAUCAAUGGUAUACUCUGAAAGAAAAUUUUUUAGUAAUAAACAAAUUAAUUAAAUAAAUAAAUAAAUAAAUAAAUAAUUAUUUAAUUAAAUUUAAUACAUAAUUAAUUAAAAUAAAUAAAUAAUUAUUUAAUUAAAUUUAAUACAUAAUUAAUUAAAUAAUUAAAUAAAUAAAUUAAUUAAUUAAUUAACAAAAAAAGGUAGUACAGAUCCAGAAAGAAUUCGGAUGUUGGUGUCCUUAACGAAGAUUAGAUAUUUUUGUACUUUGUUAUAUUUUUGUUUAUAUUUUAUAGCUGACAAAAAUUGAUAUAAAAGUGUUAACACGAGAAAUUAAAACGAGAAAUUCCUCUUGCAAAAUCAGUACUUCAAACUUCGAGAGUUUCGAGUUUCGAGAAUUUAAAUAUUAGUUUCGAACCAAUCCCCAAUAAUAAUGCAUUAUCAAUCGAUAUUACAAACAAUGAUUUUGAUUUAUUAUUGAGUGAAAAUUAGUAGAACUAUAGUAUUAUGAGAUCCGGAACUUCGUGAUUUAAUUGCACGUCGUUUACGAUAUAGUUAUAAAUAUAUACUUAGAGAAAUUAUACAAUAUGAUGAACACUUUGUUUAAAAGGCUUGAAACAUAUUGAACCGAAAUUGGAUAAGAAUCAUUUUUUCUUACGAACCCUUCAGUUCUUCUUCUACACCAAUUGUUGUUUGAUUAGUUUGAUUGAUUAGAAAAUAUUUGAAAUUAGUUCUUAUUUUCCACUAAAUGUAUUGCAUUUAUUUUAAUGCUCCAUCGGAUCGAUAUGACAUCAAGGAUCGAACCACGAAGUUGUAAGUUUUGUGUUAACCAUGAACACCUAUGGCGGAUAUUUAUUACUAAAAUUUUAAGUAGCAUUGGCGGAUAUCAUUCCUGUUAAACGCAAAUUAGAGUGAUAGCAAAGAAUUUAAUUUAAAUUUAAUUUUAAUUUAUACUAUACGUACACGUUUUAUGCGAUAAAAAUCAUUAACAGUAAAAAUCAUUAGCAGCAAUUAUCAGAGUACAAGAUAAAUAAACUAAAUAAGUUAUAAAGUAAGUAUAUUAAGUAAUUAUUAUGGAUAACGAUUUAUGUAUAUGUUAAAUAUUUUAAUAAGAGCGAUUUUUAAGAACGUUGCUAAUUGUUAAUAAAUAAAAUGUUUAUAAUAAACAUAUUCAGUUUAUUAUAUAUAAUAAGUAAGUAAUCAGUUUAUUAUAUAUAAUUUCUUCCAGGCACUGUAUGUUUUAAAUAAUUUAUGUGGAUGACUAUGAAGUUUUGAAUGUAUUCAUACUAAUGUUUUACAUUUUACAUUUAUGCUAGUAAUGUUUUAUUAAUAAAUUUCGUAAAUUUGGAAUAAAUAAAAAUCGUAAAUUUGGAAUAAAUAAAUAAAAUUUGGAAUAAAUAAAUAUUAAUAAAUUUCGUAAAUUUGGAAUAAAUAAAUAAAAUAAAUCUUUAAUUUUUAUUUUCAGGGAACGUCUCAUUAAUACGCGUGGAUUAUUUCUAUUGAUAUAUGAUUCUCGUUUAUUUCAACCAUAUCUGCAUUAUCUUUGGAAUAGAAUAAUUAAUGUAGUUUUCAUUCGUCAAUACAAUGCAUAUAAGCAUCGUUCUGGUGAAGAAGCUUCCAAAGAAAGAAUUGAUUUAGAUACAAUUUAUUUCCCUUCUCACACAAGAAAAUCUAUUGCGACAAAGUGUAUAGAUACUUGGUACAAAGGGAAAUGGCGUUAUGGUACCAAUCAUUUUACAGAAAAAAUCACCAACUUACAAAAAAAGCAUUUACAAAUUGCCGUAUUUGAGCAUAUUCCAGCAGUGACAGAAAAAUCAAGGAUAUAUUACAACAAACAACCAGAUAAUAAGAUAAAAGGUCUGGGAAUAGAAUUUGAACUAAUACAGAUUGUAUCAAAAGCAAUGAAUUUUAAACCAAAAUAUUAUAUGCCUAAUAAUAUUACUUCUGAGAAAUGGGGCAUUGAAGAAGAUAAUCAAACUCAUAUUGGACUAGUAAGUGAAGCUAUACAAGGAAAGGCUGCAUUUUAUUUGGGUGAUUUGUAUUAUACAUUACACCAUUUGAAUUAUUUUGACCUUACUAUCCCAUAUAAUAGCGAAUGUCUUACAUUUUUGACACCAGAAUCUUUAACUGAAAAUUCAUGGAAACUUCUAAUACUUCCAUUCAAACUUUAUACCUGGAUUGCUCUUGUCCUUACUUUAAUUUUAGGAAGUGCCAUAUUUUAUUUUUUAUCAUUAUCAUAUAAAAGACACAUCAGUUUUUAUAAAAAUCAAAUUAUGCUGUUUCAAGUUUCAUUACCAAGCUUGCCAAGCCCUUGGGCUGUGAGAGUAUUAAUUGGGUGGUGGUGGAUUUAUAGCAUUUUAGUUACAGUUGCUUAUCGAGCUAGCAUGACUGCAACUUUAGCAAAUCCGGUUGCCAGAUCUUAGCAGCCAAAAAAUUGGCAAAAAAUUCCAACUAAUUGAACAAGAAGAUGAAGCUAUUGAAAAAGUUGCAAAUGGUUCUUUUGGUUAUUAUGAAAAUUCCUAUUUGCUUCGACAUGCCCGUGUGAAAAGACAAAUAUUAGAGAAAGAAAGAAAAGAAAAUAAAACUACAGAAAAUAUAUCAUCAAAACAUAAUUUGCAUAUCAUGCAGGAAUGUGUUAUAAAUAUGCCAAUAGCUCUUGGCUUAGAAAAAAAUUCACCAUUGAAACCAAAAGUUGACACUUUAAUAAGGCGUAUAAUAGAAAUUGGAUUAGUUGAAAAAUGGUUAAGUGAUGUCAUGGAAUGGUCAAAAAUCAUGGAAAUACGACAAGAAGCUGAGUCAGAGAAAGCAUUGGUUAAUCUUCAUAAGUUACAAGGUGCAUUUAUUGCAAUUAUAGUUGGAUACCUAUUAGCAUUCAUGAUUUUAAUAGGUUAUUGAAAAUGACAUCAGUAGCGGAGAAUACAAAAGACAAAGGGCAAGAAGAUCCUAUUAGAUGUAUAUUUUUUUCGGAAUUUCAUCCUAUUGUAGGUCCAAUGAUUACUUGUCAGAACAUUAAAGGAUUAUAAAAUCCUAGGAUUUCCAGUAAAGAUUGACAACAAAAAAUAUGCAAGAAAUGCAUUUUAUUUUAAUUUAUGUUUUGUAUGUGAAGCAAAAGCUCGUACUGUACAUUAUGAACCGGUUGUGAAAAAGAUGUCUGAUUUUUUAAUGGCUCUUGAGGUAGAAAAUUGUUUUUUAUCUGCCUCUGAGGAUAAAACAAGAUUAGCAGAAAUGUUGCAACAGGUAAUGCAGGAUUUGAACUUGCACAAAAUGUGUACAUUAACAGAGGGGACCAUGACGUCCCAUUUGAAAGUCAUAAAGUUAGCACCUGAGCCGAAACCAGUUCUUGAUCAUCAGGUACCAAUAUUCUUGGAGGGCCGUGAAGUAUUUCAAACGGAUCAAUGGGAUUUAACUACCCAGCAAGUAUUACCAUACAUUGAUGGAUUUAAUCAUGUUGCACGAAUAGCAGCUGAAGCAGAUGUGGAGAAUAAUCUAGUUAAAAGUUGUGUGCAAAAUCUUAUUUAUUAUGGUGUUGUAACUUUGAUUCCAAUAUUUCAAUACAGUAACGUAUAUGCUGCAACUUCUAAAUUAAAAGAAUUGGCCGAAAAUAUAAAAUUACAAGAACGAUGUAUAGCAUAUGCCUCAAAAUUCCCUAGACAACCUGCAUAUCUUAGAGACAUAUAUCGAAUGUAUGCAAGUAUGACACAUGGCAACAGCAUGAGAGACUUGUGUCAACGUCUUAAUCCUCAAAAUUUGAGAAUCAACGAAAGACGUUUGGUACAAUUUGGUCUUAUUGAAGGUCUUAUUCGUCGGUACCCGAUAUAUUUACCAGGAUCACCUUACAAUGAAGAGAUAAAGAACAAUCCAGUUUAUAAGUAUUUUACAGGAACAUAUAGCCUUGACGAAAUUUGUUGCAGUACAGGUCAAUCAGCUGCACAAAUCGAAGAUAUUAUUGAACGCGAUCCGAAUGUUGUUAUGUUAUGGAAGUAAUAUUUAGAAAUAGUAUUUAAUGAACUUUGUUUUCUGUGAUCUUCAUAGAUGUAAAUGUCGUUCAUUUAUGCAGGAUAUAUUAUGAAUUGAUAGGCAACUUUAUUCUAUAUUACUGAUCAUUCGUUUCACUUUAUUGAUGUAUAUUUGAGGCACUCUAUUUCUUUUCAUUUCCUCACAUUUCCUUUCCAUUGCAUCACAUAACUUUUUCUUACGUAUAGCGGCUUCUGUGCGAAUUGCUAAACCUUCAUCAAACAUCUUUUGCCUUGCUUCGAUACGUUCUCUCUCUUUCUCGUUGACCUAAUGAAAAUGAUAGUUAUGUAAUAUAGAGUAAUUUUGUAAUAUUAUCAAAAGAAAAAUAGUAAGUUGAAAAGUGUAUAAUCUAAUUCUGAAGACAAACCUGUUUUAAUAUUUCGCUCCUAUGAAUUAUCGCUUGCCGCUGUUUCUUUUCAAGUUCUUUUUCUUCUCGACAGAAAGCUUCCUUUUGGACACGUACAAUUUUUUCGAAUUCACGCCUUUCUCGUUCUAGUUCAAUUGCCUCCAUUAUUCGUUUGUUAUUUAUUUGUUUCUUCCUUUCUUCCAUAAGCAACUUUUGAGCCUCCGCUCUUUUCAGAGCUUCUUCUUUUUCUUUUUGUCUCCAUUGUCGUUCCACUUCUUCUUGAAUUCGUGCAGCGCUCAAGUCAUCGAUUCGUUCCUACAAAGGUGGAACAUGUCAUUAUCAAAAUAUAAGUGCGAAACGUAUAAUUAUUUGUCUAUUCUUAUUUGUAAAUAAUGUAUAAUAAAAUUUAUAAUGAUACAAAAAAGAGAUGAAUUCAAAAAGGGUGGCGAGGUUAUUAUAAUUGUAAUAUAAACUGGAAAAAUAGAUAGAAAAAAAAUGAACCUGUAGAUCUCUUGCUUGCAACGUCUGUGUUGCAAUAGUUGCUUUAAGUUUUUCUUUUUCUAAUUUUUUCAAAUUUCGCUCUUCCGCCAAUUUCACUUCCCUCUCUGCCUUAUAUCGUUGAUACUCUUGUAUCCUAUAAAAUAUUGUUAAUGAUCAAAAAUUCAAUAAUUUAACAAUGUAACAAAUUCUACCUAAGGUCAAUGAUUUUAUUUUCCUGCUCUUCCAUAGCUUUAAAAUGUUUCAAUUGUUCGUUUCCUUCAGCAAGUUGUUGUCGUAUUAGUGCAUUUUCAGAUUCUUUGUUUCGCAAUUUUGCAAUUUCUUCCUGUUGCCAAUUGAUAUUGCUUAAAUUAAUUAACCGACUCUCCUCUUGCUUCCUUUCAAACUCUAAUAUCCUGUUCUCUUCGUUUUCUUUUAUCUGUUCCAUGAGACUGUUGGCAAAUGUCUGCCUCUUUACAGCUUCGUCCUGUUCCUUUUUAAUCUCUUCUUUGAUUGCCCAUCUUCUUUCGUUCUCCAUCAUGUCAUUGAGACGUUUCUCUUCUUCUUCCAAUUCGAGUUCAAUCAGCCUCUUCUCUGCUAUCUGUAAAAAAAGUUACGAGAUUUAGGUGAAAAUGUUGAAACCAAAAUUUUUAAUUCAUUUAUUUAAUUCAUUUACUUAAUUACUUACUUAAUUAUAUUAAUUUAAUUUAAUUUAAUUUAAUUUUUUAUUUUAAUAUUUAAUUUAAUUUAAUAUUUAAUUAUAUUUAAUAUUUAAUAUAAUUAUUUAAUAUAAUUUAUAAUUUUUUAUUUAAUAUAAUUAUUUAAUAUAAUUUAAUAUUUAAUUAUAUUUAAUUUAAUUUAAUUUUAUUUAAUUUUAUUUAAUUUUAUUAAUUAUUUAUUUAAUUAUUUACUUAUUUAAUUUGUUACUUGCAUUACCUGGGCAUCUCUGAUUGCUCGACAUUUAGUCUCUAAAAUGAUUCUAUUGCACUUUUGAAUUUCCUCUUCUCGUUCAAGUUUCAUGUUCUCUGCUCUUUCGAGCACAUGUUUCGCCCUUCUCCUAGCUUCCUCCUCUAUUUCGAUCAAUUGCGGACACUUUUCUCGUGGCCUUUCUUUAUCUAAUCUACGAAACUCCUCUUUCCUCUCUAUGCUCUCUUUUAUAAGUCUUUGCCUCUCUUCCUCCUCUGCUUUAAGCGCCGCUUCUCGUUCCUCCUUCGUCAUGGAGCUAUACUUUUGAAAUUCCUCGUACUCUUCUUUCGUCAAAAUUUUUGGAUGCAGCAGUCUCUUCUUCGCGAUCUUCUUCCCACUAAGUUGCAUCUUUGGUUUACUUUUACCGAUCCUUUUGAUUGGCUAAAUGAUUUAACAUACAACGGAUCACUACAGAUAGGAUUAUUAUUUGUGUAUUAAUUAAUUAACAAUGUGCUAAAAUAUUAAGAUACUGCCCUUUUUUCUUUUUACUCCAAUGCUUAAAACUUUAAAGUGAAAAUAUAAACUUACCUCUUUUUCAUUGAACGAAUAACGAUGUUGGUCAGAUUUACACUCGCCAGUCCGAACACAAGUAUUCUGUCGUUUACUCGAGCAAACAUCUUUGAGUUUAGUUUCUUUUCGAUUCAUCACCGAAGCCGGUGAUCCACGAAUUGUGUUUGCCUUUGAUGUAUUAUUUCUCACUAUUUGCACCACCAUUUCGCACUUUCUGAGGUUUUACUUUUCCUUAUUUUUUUUAGGUUUUACAGCGUUUCUUACAUUCUUUAAUCAGUUGUUCUUUUAAUUAAUUAAUCAUCUGCAAAGGCUAUAUUUCUAACCAAAUGAUUUUCUUCACGUUAAACAAAUGAUUAUUAUAACGAGGUAUCGAUCUGAACAAUUUCUAUGAUUUACUUCAAUGGCACAAGAUAUUUUUGUUACUGUCGCGAAUGCCGAUGAUACAAAAAUAGGACUAAAUUAACCCAGGAAGAACUGACAUCGAGGACUGAUGAGGUAUCAGUUUGUUCAUUAUUUACAAGCGGUAACCCGCGAUUUCGUCAUUUGUUUGGUCAAUAAUAAUCCGACAUAUUUCUUCCCAAAAUGUUCUUCAUGUCAAUAUCAAUAUCAUUUCAAUACAAUUUCAAUAUCAGAGUGUCUACAGCUAUCAAUCAAGUUUAAAUAGUUGUUACUAAAAUACUUGUUACUAAAGUAUAAUAAAAAAAAUGUAAUAAAAUGUUAGAACUUACGCAAAACUUUUAGAUAUUUAUCGGCAAUACUUCUUUAAAUACUCUACGUUUUCGUCGAAACACAUUCCGUGAACACAUAGUUAUUGAAUACAUUCGAUUUGAUUCUAUUUUACUAAUUUUAGCGAAAAAGAAGAACCGGCAGGAACAAAACGGUAG